AAAAAAAAAAAAAUCUGGGAUAAUGACAAAAUAUAAUAAUGAUAAUAAUGUUAACCAACAAGUUAAAAAUGAUUUUAAUAAAAAAAUACCAAAUCUGAAAAAAUAUUCUACCAUUUUUUUAGCAUUGGUAAUAUUUAAUUUAUUGUAUACAAUAUAUAAUGUUCAUUAUACUUCGUUUUCAUAUAAAUCUACACAAUAUUCAAGUGGUAUAUCAUACGAAACAUAUAAAUAUGGGAUAUCAAAAUGUGAAGAAAUAAAAAGGAUUAAACCCGAUAACAAUCAUAUCCAGAAUAGGAAAACAAAUCCUAGAUUUGUUCCUGGAACUAAAAAUGUUUUACUAAAAAAUGCUAGAAUAUUGGAUGGCAUUGGUGGAGAUUUUAUCGGUGAUCUAUUAUUAAAAGAUGGUAUCAUUAGUAACAUUGCUAAGUUUGAAGGAGAUUAUGAUGAGAAGAGAAGGAUUAAUGUAACUGAUGAUACUGUCAUUAUUGAUUUAAAGAAAAAAUUUGUUACUCCCGGGUUAAUUGAUAUGCACAGUCAUGCAGGAGUGUUCUCAUGGCCAGAUUUAAGAGGUACAAGUGAUGUUAACGAAGAAACAGAUCCACUUACACCAUUCGUUCGUGCAAAGGAUGCGAUAAAUCCAAGUGACCCUGCAAUUAGAAUAAUAUCAUCAGGGGGAAUAACAACAUCAUUAAUAUUACCAGGAAGUGGAAAUUUAAUGGGAGGAGAGGGAUAUGUAAUAAAAAUGCGACCAGUUUCAACAUUAUCAGUAGAAGAUAUGGGAAUAAAUUAUGGUAUUAAUCCUGAAGAAGAAAAGGAAUGGAGAUGGUUAAAAAUGGCAUGUGGAGAAAAUCCAAAGAAAGUUUACUGGUAUCAAAAUCGCAUGCCAACUACACGUCUUGGAGAAGCAUGGUUGUUUAGAAAAAAAUUUGAAGAAGCAAAAAAUCUUUUUAGAAAACAAAAUGAUUGGUGCGAUUUUGCUAGUAGAUUAUCUUCUAUUGAACAAUUAAGUAGCCCAUUUCCCGAAGAUUUACAAUAUGACAGUCUAAUUGCUUUAUUUAGAGGCGAUGCUAGAUUAAAUAUUCAUUGCUAUGAGACGUUUGAUAUCGAAACUAUGAUAAGACAUUCAUUAGAAUUUAAUUUUACAAUAACAGCAUUUCACCAUGCAUUAGAUGCAUAUCGUAUCACAGACGUAAUAAAAAGAGCAAGUUCGCAGAUUACCAUAGCAACAUUUUCAGAUUUAUGGGGAUAUAAAAAAGAAGCAUUUCAAGCAAGUACGCGUUCACCGAAAAUAUUAGCAGACGCUGGUAUACCUGUAGCAAUAAAGUCAGAUCAUCCAGUAACAAAUGCACAAUAUUUAGCAUUUGAGGCAGCAAAAGCACAUCAUUAUGGACUUGAUGAGAAAUUAGCUAUAGCAUCAGUUACCUCAGUACCAGCUAAUGCAAUUGGAUUAAAUCAUCGUAUUGGACAAAUUACAGUUGGUUAUGAUGCUGAUAUUGUUUUGUGGGAUUCUCAUCCACUUGAUUUGGGGGCUACUCCAUUAGAAGUUUAUAUCGACGGUAUUCCCCAAUUUGAUACGCCUGUUUCUGUUCUUACAAAUUCUACUAAAAAGAAUCAUUCUUCUAUGAAGAAUGUUAAUAAUGAAAAUACAGAUAAUACAAAGGAAAGAACAGCAUCAUCCGUUAUUAUAAAGAAUAUUGGAAAAGUCUUUAUAGAUGAAGAUACUAUUAUUGAAUCUAAUUCAUCGUUAAAUGGUAAAAAUAUUAGCAUAAUAGUUAAAGAUGGUUUGGUAGAGUGCAUUGGCACCAAUUGCACAAAUACUAUUGAUAUCGUUACAAGUAAUUCACCGGAAGUUAUUGACUUAAAUGGAGGAUAUAUACUUCCAGGAAUGAUUGCGGUUGGUACACCAUUAGGAUUAGUUGAAAUUGAUCAAGAAGCGAUAACGACAGAUGGAUUUGCUCCAAUUAUAGUUGAUCUAGACAGUGAACAUAGAGUAAUAAAAGCUAUAGAUGGACUAAAACUUGAUAGUAAACAUUUAAAUGUUGCUUAUAAAGCUGGUGUGCUUACUUCUAUUACGGCUCCAUUAUCAUCAGCUGUAAUAAGUGGUAUUUCUGUUGCUUUUAAAACUGGUUCUCAAACCGUUAUUGAUAGUGAUGAGACUAUAAUUGAAAAAGAAGCUGCUCUACAUGUAAGAAUUGGUACUCCUUACAAAAAUGAUUAUAUACCAUCGGUAUCAAGUCAAAUUGGGUUAUUGCGUAGGAUAUUAAUUCAUGCUUUAUUUAAAUCCCCAUUAAGAAACAUUUAUAAUAAGGUUGCGAAAGGAUUAGUUCCAUUAGCAGUUCAUACUCACUCUAAAGAUGAAAUCGCAUCCUUAAUUAAUUUGAAAAAACAAAUAUCUGUUCAUGGGGGCGAUUUACAAAUUAUUAUAAUUGGGGGUGCAGAAGCUCAUUUAUUAGCUGAACAAUUAUCACAAUAUAAUAUUUCAGUCGUAUUAAGACCUUCAAGACCUGUACCGGACUUAUGGACUGCUAAAAAUGUUUUGACAGGUUCUCCUUUAACAAAUAUUACUGGUGCAGAAAUACUUGUAAAACAUAAAGUUAAAAUUGCUCUUGGUGUUUCCAACACUGCUUGGACAAGAAAUUUAGCUUGGGAUGCUGGUUGGAUUCUUCAUAAUUCAAAGGGAGGUUUACAUGUAGGUAAUAUUGCUAAUUUUGUCGCUUACGAUGGUAACCCUUUUAAUUUACAUACUAAAAUUAAAUUAGUUGCUGGUGGUGGUAAAAAAGAUAUACUCAUUGAUCCAAUUCAAGAUUAAAUGAUUUAUGGGAAGAAUUAUUAUUCUGAAAUUGAUACGUAAAUUUAAAUAAAAAAAAUUAUAUAUAUAUUAUA